AUGCAGCGGCAACUGAGUAACGUUAGUGUUUAUUCGUACCAGGAUUAUCAACCUUCGAGAAAAUAUGGGCAACAGUAUGAACCGGGCGGUUACGCGACGGCGGUGCAGCAGCGAACGAAUAUGACACAAAGGGAGGACGCCCUGAAGUUCGAGCAGGGUCGCAUCAAAGCGCUGCAAGAAGAACGGCUGCAUAUACAGAAAAAGACUUUCACAAAAUGGAUCAAUUCGUUCUUGCAAAAGGCGCGCAUGGAAGUGGACGACCUGUUCAUCGAUCUAGCAGACGGUCGAAGACUCUUGAAGUUGCUGGAGAUCAUCAGUGGGGAGCGACUGCCCAGACCCAACAGUGGGCGUAUGAGGGUCCACAAAAUUGAAAAUGUCAACAAAAGCUUGAGUUUUUUACAUACUAAGGUGCGCCUGGAGUCCAUCGGAGCUGAAGACAUAGUGGACGGUAACCCUCGCCUGAUCCUCGGUCUGAUAUGGACCAUCAUCUUAAGGUUCCAGAUUCAGGAGAUCGAAAUUGAUGUUGAUGAAGAAAAUGAAUCCUCAGAGAAGAAGUCAGCCAAGGAUGCCCUGCUCCUCUGGUGUCAGCGUAAGACUAGUGGCUACCAUGGAGUCCAUAUACACAACUUCACAGACUCCUGGAGAUCCGGUCUUGGGUUCAACGCGCUCAUCCAUGCCCACAGACCAGACCUCUUCCGUUGGUCGGAAGUCCCAGCUACAGACCAUGUGGAGACUCUGAACCAUGCCUUCGACGUGGCCCACAAACACCUGGGCAUUCCUCGUCUGCUGGACGCUGAGGAUGUGGACACCAGCCGUCCUGAUGAGAAAUCAGUCAUGACAUACGUGGCGUCCUACUAUCAUACAUUCGCCAGAAUGAAGAACGAACAAAAGAGUGGCCGGAGAAUCGCCAAUAUAAUUGGCCAAAUGAUGGAUUGCGACGAUCGUAAAGGUGAAUACAGCAAGCUGUUCAGCAAGCUACUGGAAUGGAUUCUCCUGAAGAUACAGGAGCUGAACGGGAGAGAGUUUCCUAACUCCUUGGAUGGAAUACAACGAUUAUUACUGUCUUUCAAGCAGUAUAGAACCGUUGAGAAGCCGCCGAAGUACAAGGAGCGCUCAGAAAUUGAAGCUCUAUACUUUGACAUCAAUACUAUGCAGAAGAGUCUCACAGGAGAAGCCUGGGCUCCACUCGAAGGUCAGCUGCCUCAGGACCUGGAGAGAGCCUGGCAGCAGCUGGAACAGGCGGAGCAUGCUCGCGAGAUCGCGCUAAGAACAGAACUACUGAGACAACAGAGGUUGGAACAGCUGAACUACAAGUUUAAUACUAAAUCAGUCCUCCGUAAAGGCUACCUGAAAGAGAUGAUCCAGGUGCUCUCCGACCCUCGCUACGGCUCCAACCUGGCCCAGGUCGACGCUACCGUGAAGAAACAUGAAGCCAUCUCUGCUGAUAUACUGGCUAGAACCGAACGUUUCGAGGACCUCUCAGCAAUGGCAGCAGAACUUGUCCGGGAGAACUACCACGGGGCUGAAGCUGUCUCCAGGACGGAACAGGCGGUGCUGGCCAGGUGGAACGAACUCCUGGAACUGCUGGAGAGGCACCGGAGCUCUUUGGCUAAGCUGGCUCAUCUGAUGGCGCUGUUAAGGGAAGCUGAUACUGUUGGACAUACUCUUACUGAGAUGAAGGCACAAUUCCAAUCCGAGGAAGUAGGUCGCCAUCUAGUCGACGUCGAACGCUUAUUACAAGCGCACGCCCUCCAGGAACUACAGCUGGGCGCGUUAGAUGAAACUAUACGUCGGCUCGUCCGGCAGGGAGCUAGCGCUGAUGGAGCAGCUCAGCCUAAACAACAGUUGACGCAGCAGUUGACGCAGUUGACACAUGAUUAUGACAGCUUGGUGGCCGCUGCCAAGGACCGUAAAGCCAGACUAGAAGACGCCAGGAACCUGUACCAGUUCCUGGAAGACCAUGAUGAGGAAGAAGGUUGGGUGACAGAGAAACAACGCAUAUGUCGCACAGAAGUCGCAGCAAAGGAACUUCGCGCCGUACUGGCGCUGAGACAGAAACACACCGCGUUACUACAUGAGCUGCGCGCUAGAGAUCAUGUCUCGCAACGACACAGGGCCAAGGGGCAGAGCCUAAUCGACGCUAAACACCCCAAAUCAGCCGAGAUUGAGCGUCGCCUAACAUCGUUGAACAAACAGUGGCAAGUACUCCGCGAGCUCGCCGCCGCCAGGGAGAAGCAGCUAGCUGAUGCUGCAGAAGCUCACCAGUUCUACGGCGACGCGAACGAAGCUGAAUCUUGGAUGAAGGAGAAGCGCCCCCUGGUGGCGACGGACGACUGCGGGCGCGACGCGCCGUCCGCGGGCGCGCUGCUGGCGCGGCACAAGGUGACGCACGACGAGCUGCGCGCGCACGCCGCCGAGCUGCUCGCCCUGCGCGCGCACGCCGACCGUCUGCACGCCGCCGGCAUCACGUGCCUACAGUUACCGACAGAAGUGGAGUCCUCUCCAGCGAUUGAGGAGGAGGAAUGGGUGAACGAAUCCAGACUGGUGCCCACUGAGGUCUGGGAGGAGGAACCGGUGGAGCGGCUGGAGCAUAGAACUGUCACUGAGGAGAGGAGCGUGCCACAGGUGAAAGCCCUCUACGCCUUCACUGGGCAGGGUAUAUCGAUGCAGAAGGGCGAAAUUAUGUUUUUGAUAAACAAGACCAACCCGGACUGGUGGUCCGUGCGCAAGGCUGACCGGACUGACGGGUUUGUCCCCGCUAACUAUGUCAGGGAAAUCGAACCUCGAGUUGUUCCUGUCCAAGUACGUCGCCCCGAGAAGGUCCGAACGGUCCAGCGGGUAAAGAAGACGGUGCUCGUGAAACAAGUGGUUCCUGUCAAGCGCAACAAGCCGGCCGCCAGGCGCGCCAGCCGGGCCACCAUACCGCAGCCCAGGACCGCCAGCGUCGAGACCAGAAUGGAGGAGAUACAGAAGGACUAUGAUGAACUCCUAACCCUCUCCGCGGCUCGCCGUGCACAACUGGAAGACGCCAUCAAGCUGUACAGCUUCUUCGCGGAGUGUGAUGACUUCGACAAAUGGAUCAAGGACAAAGAGAAGAUGUUGCGAGCUGAUGAUGCUGAUGAUAGCGUGGAUACUGCUAAGAGGAAGUAUGAGAAAUUCGUCACUGACCUAUCAGCAGCGUCAAAGCGCCUGGAACACAUCGAUGCUGCAGCGGAAGAGCUGGUGCAGGCCAAACACAGCCAGGCAGGACGAGCCACUGCCAGGCGACAGCAACUCAGACAGCAGUGGGAGAGGCUGCUGAGGUUGAAGCAGCAGAAGGAGAAGAGCUUGGAGGGAGCUUCUAGCGUGGAACUGUUCAGCCGGACCUGUGAUGAGGCUCUCGACUGGAUGGCAGAGAAGGAGCAGCAGUUGGCAGCGAGCUCGGCCCCCGCCGCCGACCUCAGGACCGUCCGGGCGCUGCAGCGGAGACAUGCCCAGCUCGAGAGGGAACUGGAGCCUGUUCGAGAGAAAGUCAAUACUAUUAGUCUGCUAGCUGACUCUGUCAAAUCUCAGUACCCCAACGAGCGAGGCAACGUAGAAGGCAGACAGAAGGAGAUACAGCAGAUGUGGGAGAGAUGUCAGGCUCAAGCGGCAGAGAGAAGGAGUCGCUUAGAGUCCGCCGUCGGACACCAGAUCUUUGGCAACAGUUCCACUACGUUAACACAUUGGAUGCAGAAAGUCCGCGAGCAACUAGCCCAAGAGUCGAGCGCUAAAGACGUCGCCACCGCGGAGGCGUUACACAAACAACAUCAGGAACUGAUGGACGAUAUCAAGGCACACGACGAUGAGUUCAAAGAAGUGAUAGCUUUGGGCAAGCAGCUGUUAGCCAACAACCCAGCCCUCACGGACGUAGCGGACAAGAUCAAGAGUUUAGAAACCGACCAUGAUGCUGUUAUCAAAGAAUGGCACGAGAAGGACGCGUACCUGAAGCAGCUGGUUCAGCUGCAGAGCUUUAACCGCGAGUGCGACCAGAUCGACGCGUCCACUGGCGCGCAUGAAGCCUAUCUAGAGUACAAGCAGUUUGGAUCAUCUGUAGAUGAGGCGGAAGCGUUAGUGAAGCGCCACGAGGAACUAGAAGCUCGCCUCGCCGCGCAGGACGAGAGACUCGCGACCUUCGUACAGAGAGCUGAGGCGCUGGAGAAGAUACCGCAUUAUGCUGCUGAACAUAUCGCAGCCCGUCGCGCGGCAGUACUACAGCGUCGUGACGGAGUACGUCGCGCUGCCGCCGAGCGACGCCGCGCGCUACUGGCUAGCUUGGCACAUCAACAGUUUGUUGCGGCCACGGAGGAAUUACAAAAUUGGAUUCAAGAUAAGACUAGGACUGCUAAGGAUCAGAGCUAUAGGGACCUAGCAAACUUGGAGCGUAAACUACAGAAGCACGAAGCGUUUGAACGAGAGCUACAAGCCAAUGAGAAACAACUGCGCAAUGUUGAAAGUAUCGGUCAAUCACUUCAGAAAUCAGACCCGUCCCGAGCGUCUGAAGUAUCAGAACACCUGUCCGGUCUCCAGACCGCGUGGGAGGAACUGGUGGCCGCUUCUAGGGACAAGGGAAGCAAGCUGAGACAGGCUGCUCAGCAGAGGAAACACAGAAGAUCUGUAGAGGACGCGAAGGCUCGUCUGAUUGACUUGGAGAGACAGCUCAAGAGUGAGGAGUUUGGCACCGACCUUAGGAGCUGUAAGCGAUUGCUGAAUCAACAUCAGGCCCUAGAACAAGAGCUUUCCCUCUGGGAGAACAAGGCCGGAGCCCUAGCGGCUCAGGGCGCAGAUCUAGUCUCCGGCGGACACUUCGACGCGGAGGCUAUAGAGAGGGACUCCGCCGCGUUACUCAAAGCUGUCAGAAGUCUUCAACCUCCCGCUGCGACUAGACGACAAGCGUUGGAGAGUAGUUUGCAACUCCACAAAUUCGCAGCAGAAGUAGCAGGUGAAUUAGACUGGCUAUCGGAGCGGAGUGCUGCGGCAUCUUCGGAAGUGAUGCCGACAGACCUACACGCCGCGCAGUCCGCGCAGAAGAAGCACGCGAAGCUCAAAGCUGAGCUUCUAGGAAGAAGGCCGCUAAUAGAGAGGGUUAUUGCGCAUGGAAAUAAAUUGGUGGAGGAGGGACAUCCACAGAAGGAGAAGAUUGAAUCCCUCUGCGACCAGCUAGAAGCAGGUUACACCUCAGUGUCUGAAGCAGCAGAGAGUCGCGCCGCAAAACUCGAAGCCGCACUGAAGGCGCAGCAGUUCAUGCACGACGCGCUGGAGGUGGACGCCUGGCUCGCUGACAAGGCGGCUGCGCUCGCGCAUGCCGACCUGGCCAAGGAUAGACACAGGGCUACGCAUCUUUUGACCAGACAUAAGGCCGUAGAAUUAGAACUGGACACAUACGCGGCUAUAAUAGCCGAGAUGGGCCACGUGGCCACAUCCAUGGCCAACGGUGGCCACCCGGAGGGCGAGGCCCUGCUGGCCAGACACGCGCUGCUGGCUGAGAGCCUCGCGAGACUGCAGAGACUGGCCGCGCAGAGACAGAAGGCUCUCGUUGAGAGUGUAUGCCGCCAUGAGUACCUGGCAGAGAGCGCGGAGUUAGAGAGCUGGAUCCAGGAGCAAUAUGCCGCCGCCUCCAGCGAGGACUACGGACAGGACUACGAACAUCUACUGAUCCUCCGUUCAAAAUUCGACGAGCUCCGUCAUCGCGUAGAGAGCGGCGCGGAACGGUUCAACCAGUGUGAAGAACUUGCCAAGAAACUCUUGGCCACUGAGAGCCCGUACAUAGGAGAUAUUGAGAAACGACAGGAGGCACUUGGAGAAUGGUGGCAGCGUCUGGUGGAGCAGAUGGAGUCGCGCGCGUCCCGCCUGCACGCGGCGGGCGAGAUCCACCGCUUCCACCGCGACGUGGGCGAGCUGGCCGAGCGCGCCGGCGACGCCACGGCGGCCCUCGCCGCGCCGCCCCCCCCGCGCGACCUGCGCGCCGCCACGGCCGCCCUGCGCAGCCAUGACACCAUGCAGAACGACCUGCUGGCCAUCGACGCGCAGAUGCAGGUUCUUCUAGAAGAAGGCAACCGUCUUCAGAAGCUGUACCCUGGCGGCAACGUCCAGCAGAUAGAGUUGCAGCAGAAGGCGCUGGAGGACGCCUGGAGCACGCUGCGACACGCGGCCGACGAGAGAAGACAUACUCUGCAGCAGUAUCUACAGCUGCAUCAGUUUUUGACACAGGUCCGCGACCUCACGUCGUGGUCAGUGUCGCUGCGGUCGUCGAUGUCGGGUCCCCUGCGGGUGCGCGACGCAGUGUCGGCCCAGAGUGCGCGCGCAGAGCACGACGCCGUCCGCGCCGAGCUGGACGCCAGGGACGACUCCUUCAGGGAUGCUCUCAACAUGGGCCGGGAAUUGGCUACACAACAUCCUAAUGCUGCUGAAGUAGAAGAAAAAUGCGAAGCCCUACUAGAAGAACGCAACCGCCUGCACGGCGCCUGGGCAGCCAGGCAGGUCGCCCUCGACCAGCUCAUUGAUCUCCACUGCUUCCUAAGAGACGCCAAGCUCCUACACGAUCUGUGUGCGACCCAGGAAGCUACGCUGAGUACUGAAAUCUCACAAACCAGCAGUGUAGAGGAAGUCGAGAAUCAAUUGAAGAAGCAUGAAGCGUUUGAGAAACUGCUCGCUACACAGGACGAGAAGCUAGCGACCCUGAACAGUCACGGAGACAAGCUGCUGCAGCAGAACCACGUCGAGAGCCAACGGAUCGCUGACGAGCUACAGCAUAUCAAUGACAGGAGGAAGAAGUUAUACGCAGAAUCAGCUCGUCGUCGUGCAGCGUUGGUCCGUUCCCGUGCGCGUGCGCAGUUUGCGCGCGACGCGGCCGAGGCGCGGGGCUGGGUCGCCGACAAACUCAAUAAACUGGCGGCUGAACAUCAACAUGGCGAAGUAACAAAUCUAGAAGACAAGAUCAAGAAGCUACAGAAACACCAGGCCUUCACCGCUGAGCUGGCUGCGAACAGAGCUCGUCUGCAAGAAGUACAACUCCUCGCUGAACAGCUGCGACCUGAUGCUGAGGUGGAGAAGCAGCUGCAGGAGCUACAGGCUGACUGGCAGAGGCUGGAGACUGCUACUGAACAACGAGGACGAGGCCUAGAAGAAGCGCAAGACAUCCUGGAAUUCAACCAGCACUUGGACAAGAUAGAAGCCUGGAUCCGUGACAAAGAGAUGAUGGUCCAGGCUCACGAGCUGGGCCGGGACUACGAGCACUGCAGCGCGCUACUGAGGAAGCUGGACGACAUGGACAGCGACAUGAAGGUCGAUGAUAGAAGGGUCAAGAGCAUCUGUGCCCUCGCUGAUAAACUGCUGCAACAGGGUCCGACUCAACAAGCGGCGGCAGUAUCCCAGCGUCGCGACGCCUUCCUCGCAAAAUGGCACGCACUGUCCGGAGCCCUGCAGAAAUAUAGAGAUAACCUGUCAGCUGCAUUAGAAAUACACUCGUUUAACAGGGACGUCGAAGACACAGCAGAGCGUAUAUCCAAGAAAGCAACAUUGUUCAGUAGCGCCGAGAGAGGGCGCGAGCUGACUGCUGCGCAGGAGUUGAAGCGCAGACAUCUGGCCAGGGCGGCUGAGGCAGGAGCUAUUAGGGAUAAGAUACAGCAGUUGGAGGGAGAAGGCAGGAGUUUGACGCAGAAAUACCCAGAACGUGCGAAAGAGAUAGAGAAGAGCCUCCACAGUCUCCGCGAGGGCUGGGAACAGUUACAGGAGUUGGCGGCCAAACGUACUGCGUUACUUGAUGAAGCCAUCGCUGAACAUAAGUUCGAUGAAAACCUUAAGGAAUUGGAGCUAUGGGUAUCGGAAGCAGUCAAGCGAAUGGACGAGACAGGAGCGCCGGAGACUGUGUCUGAUGCUGAAGCGCUUCUAGAGCUGCAUCAUGAGAAGAAGGCUGAAAUCGACGGUCGCCAGAAAGCCAUCGGCUCACUCCAGAAAGAAGCUGAACAGGUUCCCGAGAAGGUGAAACGAGUGGAAGUACUCUCCAGCACCUUGGACCAGGCCUGGCUGAAGAGGAAACAGUAUUUGACACAGGCGCAUCAAUUACAACUGCUGAAGGAGCAAGCGAGACAAACAGAGGACUGGCUCGCUUCUAAAGAGGCGUUCCUUAAUAAUGACGACCUUGGAGAGAACUUGGACGCUGUAGAGACUCUGAUCCGCAAACACCUGGAGUUCUCGAAGCUCCUCCACAGCCAGCUCGGUAGAGUCGACGAGCUGCAGAAGUUCGCAGCCAGCAUGUUGGAAGACCAGCACUUCGACAGAGACUAUGUGGAGACCAGGUUGAAGACCAUUCUGAAUAGACGGGACAAACUUGUGGAAUCCUGUGAGCAACGCGGUGAGAUUUUGGAACAAUCUCGUCAGCUACAUCAGUUCUUGAGGAACCUGUAUCAUGAGAGGGAAUGGAUCUCGUUGAAGAUGCAGAUUGCUAACGAUCAGAAUUACAGAGAGCUAUCGAACCUGCAAAGCAAGAUACAGAAGCACGCCGCUUUCGAAUCUGAGCUGGCUGCGAACAAAGGACGCAUCGACGACGUCGCUAACCAUGGGGAAACUCUAAUAGAGGGUAAACACUACGCUUCGCAGGAGAUCGCCAAACACGUUGAGGAACUAGAAAACCAGUGGCGAGAACUACAGGCCGCUGCCAAGCUCCGUCGCGAGCGUCUCCAAGAAGCGUAUCAAGCGAGGGUGUACCUCCGAGGGCUGGAUGACUUCACAGCAUGGCUCGAUGACGUGGAGUCACAGCUACUAAGCGAGGAUCAUGGCAAAGACCUAGCGUCAGUCACAGCGCUGCUGAAGCGUCACUCCAGGCUGGAGCAACAAGUGUCGAGUAAGACGGACUCUGCCACGCAACUGGCAGACAAUGCCAGGCAGCUGGCAGACAGCAAUCAUUUCAUGGCUGAUGAAAUACUGAAGAAGGCUGACCAUGCUGUUAAGAGAUACCGUCAGCUACAAGAGCCGAUGCAGAUCCGCCGCGACAACCUGGAGGACGCUGCGCUACUCCAUCGCUGGGACAGAGACGCUGAUGAGGAGUUCCGCUGGUUACGAGAGCGCGAGUCGGCAGUAAGGCAAGAAGAAGCAGGUUCGACGCUCGCCGAAGCACAAGCGAUGCUAAAGAAGCAUCUUGCUUUGGAAGCUGAAUUACUUACAAGGGAACCAAUUAUAAAGGCGUUAGUAACUCGCGCCGGUCAACUAUCGCGCCGCGGUCACUUCGCGUCGGCGGCUUUAGACGCGCGAUCACGCGACCUAGCCGCCGCACAUCGCGCGUUGGUCGACGCCGCCGCCAUCAGGACCGCGCUUAUACGCGACCGCUGUGAACUGUUGCAGCUUAUCUCAGAAAUAACAGAAGCAGAAGCCUGGCUUCUAGAACGUCGUGUAGCGCUGGUGUCAGGUGAUGUAGGACGGGACGAGGAUUCAGCAUUAGCGCUCGUCAGGAGACUGGACGCCCUGCAACGGGAGGUCACUGGGUUCGACGCCACUAUUGUCAAGUUGGAGAAGACUGCGGCCGGUUUAGUGGAACGUUCAACAAUCGACGGUGAUCAGCUACAGAAGCGCAUCGCCGAGCUGAAGACGAUGCAUGAAGAGAUGAAACUACUCUCCGCCAAGCGACAACAGCGGCUGCAACAGAGCUUGAAAUAUUUCAAGUUCGUCCAAGAGUGUGAGGAAGUACAGGAAUGGAUCAGUGAACAGAUGACGACGGCUGCCAGCGAGGAGUACGGGCUGGACGUCGAACAUGUCGAGACAUUGCAGCAAGCGUUCGAUAACUUCCUCGCUCAGUUACAAGCAAACGAGGGCAGAAUAGAAGGAGUCUGUGAAGCAGGCACUGUACUUCUAGAAGAGAACACGCCAGAGGCAGACAGAGUGAAACAGAGGAUAGAUGACAUCAAGGGACUGUGGGAUGAUCUUAAGGAAUUGGCGCUGGCUAGGCAGGAGGCGUUAGCAGGUGCCCGCCAAGUCCACGAAUUCGACCGCUCAGCUGAAGAAACAGCCGCCUGGGUUGCUGAGAAGGACUCCGCCCUCGGCAGCGAAGCCCUACCACCUCGGUCACUACAUGAGCUUCACGCACAGAAGAGAAGUCUUCAUGCUCUGAGGGCUGAUCUGGAUGCUAUUAAGGCAGCUCAUGAUAAACUGCAGGAGGAAGCUGAAAGGCUGGGUACAGCAUUCCCAGACGCGAAGGAACACGUCUCCGCCAAGUUGGAGGAUGUCACCGAGUCCCUGCAGGCGUUGGUACAGCGAGCUGAUCAGUGCAAUCACCAGCUGGAACUGGCUGGACAGCUGCAAGCAUACUUCGACACUUACCAGGAAUUACUAGCAUGGACCAACGAGACCCUAGCCCGUGUGACGGCGCCCGACCUCGCCACCGACGUGUCGGGGGCCGAGCGACUGCUGGCCAGGCACCAGGACAUCAAGGUCGAGAUAGAGGCCAAGGAGGAUGCCUUCCAGACACUCUACAGUGAUGGCGAGAAACUAGUAAAAGAAGGCCACUUCAUGUCCAACGAGAUCGAGGACAGGAUGUCCAUACUCCGCAGUAGACGGCAACACCUGGAUGCCGCCUGGUCCAACAGGGAGAGGAUCUACACACAACAUCUGGAUGCCCUGGUCUUCAAGAGAGACGCUGACGCACUGGAUAACUGGAUUACUAACAGAGUACCUUUAGUUCGCGACGGCAAAUAUGGCGAGAGCGUAGCUCAAGUAGAAGAACUGAUCAACCGCCACCGAGACCUGGAGGAAACCAUCGACGCACAGAAGGAUAAGUUCAAUGCAUUGAAGAGGAUCACUCUUGUGGAACAGGCCUUCCAAAUGCAGCGUGAUGAGGAGGAGCUAGCUCGUCGUAAGUCUGCAGAGAGGCAGGAGGCUGACAGGCUCCAGCAGUACAGGAAGAGGGAGAUGGAGAGGAUCACUGAGGAGAGGAGGAGGGAGACUGCGCCCGUGCCUAUGGUUAGGGAGGCGGAACGUCUCCAAACGUCAGUGGCGCCUGCGUCGUCGGAGGAGACAUUGUCCCCGGCGCCACAGUUCGACAGAUUGCCCAAGAACGAACAACAUGUAAAACGCGCUGAAAGUAUGAGCGUUGUAAAAACACAGAAGCGUACUCCAUCGUUCACCACACGUCGUCGCACGCAGAGCUUCAGGAGACACGGGAAGGAACUCCCACCUGUCGAGAUUGAAGGUUUCUUAGAACGCAAGCAGGAAGCAGGUCGCGGCGGCAAGCGUGCGACCGUGCGAUCAUGGCGCGCGUACUACUCCGUGCUGUGCGGACAAUUACUGUGCUUCUUCAGGGACGAACUAGACUUCGCCAGUGCCAAGGCCGCGGCGCCGCCUGUCGCUAUACUUAACGCGCGCUGUGAACCGGCCGGUGACUAUACAAAGCGCGCCAACGUGUUCCGCCUGGCCUGCGCUGACGGAGCCGAGUAUCUGUUCGCUUGUAGCUCGAAGGAGCUUAUGAAGGAUUGGGUGGCGAAGCUGUCCUUCCACGCGCAGUUACCCCCCGAGCUCCAGCUGACUCCGUACUCCUCGGUGCCGCCUGGAGAGUCUCCCACUGCUGAGAUCAGAAGGAGACUUCAUGAGAACGCGGAGUCUUCAUCAUCAGCGCCAUCGUCUCCGGAACCUGAACGUAGACCGCGCACACAGACCGAAAUACUCCAAGAACAUAGGAACAGCCAACAGGCUCAGAGAACGUCCUCCACAACACCCGAAAGAAAUAUUGAAUCCGAGGUGCUACCGUCAUUGCCACCCCGCCAGCCACCGCCUGAGGAAGACGCCACUGAAGUUGUAUUCAGGAAUCAAGAACUAGCUACGCAGGCGAGCUCGUGGGGUCGCUCACGGUUUUCAAACGGCCGCGACAUCAACACUGAGUUCAUACGAUCACAACAAAAUGCUUAUGGAGGCAGUAGCGGAGGCAACACUCGGCCAGCGUCUGUCGCUGGUAGCGGAGGCUCGCCAGCUUUAGACCAGAGACCAGCUUCACGGUCAUCGGGCGAGUCCGAGCUCUCAGUGAGUGGGGUCUCAAAAGACAAAAAGGACAAGAAGGGGAUCCUCGGGGGUCUAUUCAGCAGAAAGAAGAGACCCCAAAGUCAUAUGUAA